AUUUUCCUCUGAAAUAUACACACACAACUGUGCUCUCGCGAUUGCAGUCAAAUUCUUUGUUUGUUUCCUCCUGUAUCCUCACCAUUUAUUCCCUGCAUCAACGAAACUGGUCUUGAGAUUGAAUCGAAUCAGGAGCAUGGCUUCUAUUCGUACCUCGAAUUUCUAUAGCAAUUACCAAGAAUCGAGUUGAAUCUUUCGGAUUUCUUUUUUUUUUUUUUCGAUUCAAGAUUCUGGUCGCACGGAGUUACGGCCGGAGGUUGGGAUAUAAGCUAGGGUUUUGAGUGGCCAGAUCUGAAUACGAGCCUACAAUUCGAUCGGUGCUACACAUUAUUCAACAUGUUUUGGCAUAUGACUGGCCUGCCUACUGCAUCUCCAGUGGAGAGCAUUUUAGACAAAGAUAAUUUCACAUUGGAGGAGCUAUUAGAUGAGGAUGAGAUUAUUCAAGAAUGCAAAGGUCUUAAUGGCAGGCUUGUUAACUUUUUACGAGAACGGGCUAAUGUAAAACAGCUGAUUCAUUACAUAGUGGAAGAAGCUCCAGAACAUGCUGAGAAACAACGGUCAUUCAAGUUUCCUUUCAUUGCUUGUGAGAUAUUCAUUUGCGAAGUUGAUGUUAUAUUGAAAACUUUGGUGGAGGAUGAGGAGUUGAUGGACCUGCUGUUUUCAUUUCUGGAACCCGAACGGCCUCACAGCUCUCUGUUGGCUGGUUAUUUUAGCAAGGUUGUAGUAUGUCUCCUCCUGCGGAAGACAGUUCCUCUGAUGAAUUACUUUAGAGCUCAUCAGGGUAUCAUGAACAGGCUUGUUGACCUUAUUGGAAUCACUUCUAUCAUGGAGGUUUUAAUACGCCUGGUUGGUUCUGAUGAACACAUUUAUGCCACUUCUUUGGACUCUGUGGAAUGGUUGGAAGAUACAAAUGUGCUGGAGAUGAUUGUUGACAAAUUCAGUUCAUCAGACUCCCCCGAAGUGCAUGCCAAUGCUGCAGAGACUCUUUGCGCAAUUACUCGAUCUGCUCCUCCAGGGCUAGCUUCAAAGAUCUCUAGCCCAAGUUUUAUUAAGAGAUUGCUUACCCAUGCUCUGGAGGAUUCAAGGCCAAAAUCUGUGUUGGUCCAUUUGUUAUCUGUGUGUAUAUCCUUGUUAGAUCCCAAGAGGUUAACAUCUGGAACAUAUUACAUUUGUACCCGCCAAAUGGCUCAUGGGUCAGAAAGCACUGCUAACCCUGAGAUUGUUCAAGGCAUGCUGGAGAGCCUAGGUGAUCUUCUCAAACUUUUGGAUAUUUCACCUGACAACCAUGUCUUGCUUACCACAUACGGAAAAUUACAGCCUCCUUUAGGAAAGCAUCGAUUGAAGGUUAUAGAGUUCAUCUCUGUUUUGGUGGGUGUUAGUAGUGAAAUUGCUGAAAAAGAAUUGAUUCGCCUUGGUGCUGUAAAGCAUAUCUUGGAAUUGUUUUUUGAUUACCCAUACAAUAAUUUCUUGCACCAUCAUGCGGAGGACAUUAUAACAUCCUGUCUUGAGAGCAAGAAUCCUCAAUUUGUUGAUCAUCUUCUGCGUGAUUGUAACCUCAUUGAGAGGAUUCUUGAAGUAGAUAAGGACUUCAUUUUGGCUGUCAAUCCAAACAAGCCUACUAUACCUGCUGAGGGAAGGUCAGCUCCGAGGAUUGGAAAUAUGGGUCACCUAACCCGUGUUGCUAAUAAACUUAUGCAAUUGGGGAAUAGCAAUAACAUGAUACACACAUUUCUCCAGGAGAAUAAUGACUGGGUUGAGUGGCAGGCGAAUGUGCUGCUUAAGCGCAAUGGGUUAGAAAAUGUCUUCCACUGGUCAUGUGGGAGGCCCACUUCACUGCAUGAUAGGACACAAGAUAGCGAUGAUGAUUACCAGGAUAAAGACUUUGAUGUUGUAGCUUUGGCAAAUAACUUGAGUCGGGCUUACCGUGCUGGAAUCUACAGUAAUGACAGCUUUGACAAGACUCGAAGCUCUCUUGAUCGUGAUGACGAGGAUGUGUACUUCGAUGAUGAAUCUGCUGAAGUUGUCAUUUCAUCCUUGCGUUUAGAUGAGAACCAGACAAGUGGAUCUGGAUCUGUUUUCACGAACUCAAAUUGGUUUGCAUUUGAGGAUGAGAGAAUAGCUGAUAAGCCACCAUCCGAUUCCCUUGCUUCCUCAUCUCCCUUCACCGAUGCACAAGAGGAUAUUGGAAAGGUUGAUGACAAUGAUUUGACAGACACUGCCACAUCUGAACUGCCCGAAACACCACCAACAUCUGAUGAUAAUGCGCCUGGCGUAUUGCCUGUGGACUUCAGAGAAGCUGAAACCAGUGACGCCAACAAACCAUGCGAAUCUGAUUCCAUAGAACAUUCUCCACCAAAUUACAUGUCCAAUGCAACUCAACACCCUUCCUUACCCAAUGGGGAACUGCAAGCAGAAUUAGUGCAUCAACCUGAUGAUAUGCUACCAGCUAAGGCUGUUGCUGCUGCUUCUACAGAUUCUGCUGAUGAGCCGGGAGAGUACCAUGAGAUUGACAAUGACUUACCUGGUUCAGAAUAUGAGGAUGCCGCGGUGAAUCCUUCACGCUCCAAAGAAGUGGAAGAAGAGAAGUAAAGCAAUUAGAAGGUACAUUCUCAUGUUGGAGCAUGAGGACUUUCUGCACUUGCAUGCUGCAAAAAAGCAGAAAUAAUAUCCCGAACGAUGUGGAAAGACAAACACAGAGCAUGCUAUGAUGAGGAGAGGAGUUGGAAGUCUAAAUCUUGGAAUAAUGGCGCUGCCAAUGCACCACAGGAGCCUGCCUGCAAUCUGGUUUAUUCAUUGUAAGAAGAUGGGAAGAGAGACCAGGCUCGAUGAUUUAUGUCUUUUCUCUUGCCCUUUGUGCAGUCGACUGAUUUGAAGCCAGCUAUUGAAUUUGUAGAUUUCUUCUAUUAUGCUACAUUUCUCUUUAAGUAUUCUUAUGGCUGGCUAGAUAUACACGUAAAACUUGAUUUGAUGUUGAAAUUUUAUUGUAUUUCUCUAAGUAUCAUGUUUAUAUUUA